CAUUUUACUUCAUGUAAAGUUUAUCUGUAAGCUAGUGCUGGUUCUAAGGACAUAAACGUCACACUUGCCUACAUGGUUUUUCUUUGGAGUGGGGUGCGACAUUUCUAAGUUAAUGAUUUAAAUAAUCUUAUUGUUUUGCCAAUUUUUCCACUACACAAAUUUGCAAACUUAAAUUUCAUUUAGAUCCAUCAUGGCAAUCCUUGCAAAGGCACGGGGUCUGCGUUUAUCAGCUGAAAAGCAAGAAACACUCUUGAAACUGACUAUAUUAUCCCUAGCAGCUGUGUUGUCUUUUGCAACGCGGUUAUUCUCGGUAUUAAGAUUCGAGAGUGUUAUCCAUGAGUUUGAUCCAUAUUUUAACUAUAGAACAACAAAGUUCCUGGCUGAAGAAGGAUUCUAUAAAUUUCAUAAUUGGUUUGAUGAUCGUGUCUGGUAUCCUCUUGGCAGAAUUAUCGGAGGCACUAUAUAUCCCGGAUUGAUGAUAACUUCUGCGGCUUUGUACCACUUAGCAUGGCUACUGAAUAUCACCAUCGAUAUACGCAAUGUCUGCGUUUUCCUUGCACCUUUAUUUUCUAGUUUCACUACUAUAGUUACUUAUCUUCUUACGAAAGAACUAAGGGAUUCUGCUUCAGGAUUACUUGCCGCAGCAAUGAUCGCUAUCGUUCCUGGUUAUAUAUCUAGAUCUGUAGCUGGUUCUUAUGACAACGAAGGCAUAGCAAUUUUCUGCAUGCUGUUUACAUACUAUAUGUGGAUAAAGGCCGUAAAAACAGGCGCUAUUUUUUGGUCUACAUGCGCUGCACUAGCUUACUUUUAUAUGGUUUCUUCCUGGGGAGGAUACGUCUUCCUAAUCAAUCUCAUUCCCAUGCACGUCCUGACGCUUAUGGUUACUGGACGCUUUUCGCACAGAAUAUAUGUUGCAUAUAACGUACUUUACUGCAUAGGAACGAUCCUCUCUAUGCAAAUUUCAUUCGUCGGCUUCCAACCUGUGCAAAGUUCCGAACACAUGCUGGCAUUUGGAGUCUUUGGCUUGUGUCAAAUUCACACACUUGUAGACUAUCUUCGCAGUAAACUAUCUCAAAGUGAUUUUGAAUUACUGUUUCGUGGACUCAUUUUAUCGAUGCUCACAGCAUCUGCCAUCAUUGGAACUGUACUGACAUUGACUGGCAAGAUAUCUCCAUGGACUGGACGCUUCUAUUCUCUGCUGGAUCCAUCGUACGCGAAGAAUCACAUUCCUAUUAUUGCAUCUGUAUCGGAGCAUCAACCAACCUCCUGGAGUUCAUUUUACUUCGAUCUACAGAUCCUUGUAUUCCUUUUCCCUGCUGGUUUAUACUUUUGUUUCUCUAAGUUAACAGACUCCAAUAUCUUCCUCAUACUCUAUGGAGUUACCAGUCUCUACUUUGCUGGAGUCAUGGUACGUCUAAUGUUAGUACUUGCACCUGUCAUGUGUAUACUUGGUGCAAUCGGUGCAUCAGCACUGGUGCUAACUUACAUGAAACAGAUAGAGAGUGGAAAAGUCACCGAUAAGAAGUCUCGCAAAUUUGAAAACAAUUACGUUCUAAAAACCGAAAUCGCCAUGUUCUUCAUCUUCAUAAUGUCCAUUUUGUUCUUCUCGUAUACCGUGCAUUGCACAUGGGUCACAGCCGAAGCAUAUAGUUCACCAAGUAUAGUCUUAUCAGCUCGCUCACCUGACGGAGGCCGAAUGAUUUUUGAUGAUUUCAGAGAAGCUUAUUACUGGCUACGCAUGAAUACUCCUGAGGACGCCAAGGUGAUGUCCUGGUGGGAUUAUGGUUAUCAAAUAACGGCGAUGGCAAACAGAACUAUUUUAGUAGACAAUAAUACAUGGAACAAUACACACAUAUCGAGAGUUGGACAAGCAAUGGCGAGUAGUGAGGACAAGGCCUACGAGAUAAUGAGAGAACUGGAUGUGAAUUAUGUACUUGUUAUUUUCGGUGGACUUACAGGCUACUCAUCGGACGAUAUUAAUAAGUUCCUAUGGAUGGUGCGUAUCGGUGGUAGCACUGAAGAAGGUAAAUCUAUCACCGAGUGGGAUUAUUAUAACGCUGCUGGCGAAUUUAGAGUAGAUAAAGAAGCCUCUCCGAUUUGGCUCAAUUGUCUUAUGUACAAAAUGUGUUACUAUCGAUUUGGUCAAGUUUACACCGAAGGAGGAAAACCCCCGGGAUACGACAGAGUAAGGAACAUGGAAAUCGGAAAUAAGGACUUCGAAUUGGAUGUGCUAGAGGAAGCGUAUACGACGGAACAUUGGCUGGUGCGGAUUUACAAAGUGAAAGAUUUAAAAAAUCGGGGCAACUGAUACGCAACUGACAUCGAUAGACUUUCUUACGGAUGAUAUCUCGCUGCCAUCAGGACCCAGUGAAAUUUUCAAUAAGCAUAUAUCUUAAGUCUGAGUUUUUUAAAAGUACCAAUAUCAAAUGGACGCAUUAAUUAGUUGCGCGCAACAUACUGUAAGCAUGAACAAUACUGUCAUUUUUAUAAAUCAUCAAUACAAGUUUAUGGAUACAUAAUGACCGCGCAUUCUUGUCUGGCUGUACUAAGACGUGAGAUAAUUUGUCAACGUUGCGAAUCCGUAUUAUUAAACUCUUCGAGAAGUUAUGAAUUA